AGGCGGACCAGACGGAGCGACAGAUGAAGGAGGAGUUUGAGAGGUUCCACCAGCUCCUGAGGGAGGAGGAGAAAAACAGAGUGGACAAGUUGAGACAGGAAGAGGAGAACAAAACUCAGGUGAUGUGUAUGAAGUUGGAGUACAUCAAGCAGAGGAUCGCUGCCCUCACAGACACCAUCAGCGAAGUAGAGACGUCCAUACGAGCGGAUGAUGUGAAGUUUUUACAGGACUACAAGAAGACAAAGAGCAGGUAUGUAAAGGGCUACUACUACAACUAACUACUAACUACUACUGACUAACUACUACAACUACCAACAA